ACCAUUAUUAUUAACUAGUACAGUGCCAAAUCCAUGAGACAUCAACUAACAUGCAGCUUUUCAUGUGACUACAACAACUGCUUUUGAUGACCAUCUAUCUCCUUAUAAUUCUCCUUGGAUUUCGAUACUAACAUCCUAAUCAUACAUAUAACAAUUUUCACAUUCAUUAUAAUAUUCUAACUCAGACUAGAUCUGAAUUAUUAUUUUUCUUCAACCAUGGCAAGACAACCCACUAGAGUUCUUGUCACUGGAGCUGCUGGUCAAAUUGGAUAUGCUCUUGUUCCAAUGAUCGCUAGAGGAGCCAUGUUAGGCCUUGAUCAACCUGUUAUCAUACACAUGCUUGAUAUUGAACCAGCUGCUGAGGCCUUGAAAGGAGUAAAAAUGGAAUUGAUUGAUGCAGCUUUUCCUCUUCUCAAAGAUGUUGUUGCUACCACGGAUGUUGUUGAAGCUUGUAAAGGCGUCAAUGUUGCUGUUAUGGUUGGUGGAUUUCCACGAAAAGAAGGGAUGGAAAGAAAGGACGUAAUGUCGAAAAAUGUUUCAAUUUACAAGGCACAAGCCUCUGCCUUGGAGCAGCAUGCUGCCCCUGAUUGCAAGGUUUUGGUUGUUGCUAAUCCAGCCAACACCAAUGCACUUAUUUUGAAAGAAUUUGCCCCUUCCUUUCCUGCGAAAAACAUCACUUGCCUAACAAGGCUUGACCACAACAGAGCUUUAGGUCAGGUUUCGGAGAGACUAAACGUUCACGUUGGUGAUGUAAAGAAUGUGACAAUAUGGGGAAAUCACUCUUCAACUCAGUAUCCAGAUGUUAAUCAUGCAACGGUGAAAACCGCUGCUGGAGAAAAGCCUGUCAGGGAACUUGUUGCUGAUGAUCAAUGGUUGAACACGGAAUUCAUCACCACAGUGCAACAGCGAGGAGCCGCCAUCAUAAAAGCUCGAAAGCUAUCAAGUGCAUUGUCUGCUGCUAGCUCAGCUUGUGAUCAUAUACGUGAUUGGGUUCUGGGCACUCCAAAGGGGACAUGGGUGUCAAUGGGGGUCUAUUCUGAUGGAUCUUAUGGAGUCCCAGGUGGCUUAAUUUACUCUUUCCCUGUUACUUGUGAGAAAGGAGAAUGGUCAAUUGUGCACGGUCUAAAGAUAAACGAGUUUUCAAGGGCCAAGAUAGAUGCAACCGCGAAGGAGUUGGUUGAGGAAAAAUCCUUGGCGUAUUCAUGCCUAAACUGAAAGCACGAUUAAUUCUGCUCAUCAGGGAUAAUAAACAUUGGAAGAUGAAUGAAAUAAAUGGAAUUCCUGUUAAUUUUUUCCUAUUUCAUAUGUUGAAUCAUCUUUUUACUUGACAAAAUAUGAUUCCUUGCCUCAUA